UCUGUGUGUCUGUGAGUGUCUGUGUAUUUCAGCAACAUGGCAGAGGCCAAUGUUUUUGUGUCUCAGGAUCAGUUCAGCUGUCCAAUUUGUCUAGAUCUGCUGAAGGAUCCAGUGGCAAUUCCCUGUGGCCACAGUUUUUGUAUGGAUUGUAUCAAGGGCUGCUGGGAUCAGGAAGAUCUGAAGGGAGUCCACAGCUGCCCACAGUGCAGACAGACCUUCUCACCAAGGCCAGUCCUCGGGAAAAAUACCAUAUUGGCUGACAUGGUAGAGAUGCUAAAAAAGACAGGACUUAAUUCUGUUUCCCAAUCUCCACUCUAUGCUGGACCCGGAGAUGUGGAGUGUGACGUCUGCAUUGGGAGAAAACAAAAAGCAGUCAAGUCCUGUCUGGUGUGUCUGGCCUCUUACUGUGAAACUCACUUCAGAGCUCACAAUGAUCUCAACCCAGGGAAGAAACACAAAGUGAUUGAUGCCACGGGAAAACUACAGGAUCUGAUCUGCUCUCAUCAUGAUAAACUACUGGAGGUCUUCUGUCGCACUGAACAAACCUGCAUAUGUUUGCUUUGUGUUAUGGAUGAACACAGUGGGCACAAGACAGUCUCUGCUGCAGCAGAAAGGACUGAGAAACAGAAACAGCUAGAGAAGACUCACACAACAUCUCAGGAGAGAAUCAGUGAGAGGGUGAAGGAACUGGAGCUGUUGAGACAGGCUGUGGACACUCUGAAGAGCUCUGCUCAGGCAGCAGUGGAGGACAGUGAGAUGAUCUUCACUGAAAUGAUCCGCUCCAUUGAGAGAAGACGCUCUGAGUUGACAGAGGUGAUCAGAGAUCAGGAGAGGGCUGAAGUGAGUCGAGCAGAAGAUCUCAUGGAGAAACUGGAGCAGGAGAUUGCUGAGCUGAAGAAAAGAGAUGCUGAGCUGGAGCAGCUUUCACACACUGACAACCACAUUUGUUUCCUUCAGAGUUUCCAGUCUCUCUGUUCCUCCUCUGCUCCUGACAACUCACCCAGACACACGGUCCACACAGAUCUGUCUUUUGAUGAAGUAAAAGAAAGACUUUCUCAGCUCAGGGAGAAGCUAGAGGAUGCACUCCAGCAGGGACUAAAGGACAUUUCUAAAACUGCAGAGCUUGUUGGCUUUCUAUCACUGCCUGAGCCCACGACCAGAGAAGAUUUCCUGGCAUAUGCCUGCCAGCUAACCCUGGAUUCCAACACUGCUCAUAAUGUCCUCACACUGUCUGAGGGAAACAGUGUUGGAGAAGUGUGCCCUAAUGUGAAUAGCUCAUAUCCUGACCAUCCAGACAGAUUUGAUUUAUGGCCUCAGGUGCUGUGUAGAGAAGCUGUAUCUAAACACUGCUACUGGGAGGUUGAGUGGUCAGGAUCAUAUGUUCACAUUGCUGUAUCAUACAAAGGGCUCUCAAGGAAAGGAAGGGCUAAUGAUUGUGCACUAGGACGCAAUAACAAGUCUUGGAGUUUGCACUGCUCUUCAUCUAGUUACACAUUCAUACAUGAUGAUGGACAAAUACUACUCCCUCAUAAGCCCACCUCCACCUCUAGAAUAGGAGUGUAUGUUGAUCACAAGACAGGAACUCUGUCUUUCUACAGUGUCUCUGAUACAAUGACUCUUCUGCACAAAAUACACACCACAUUCAUUGAGCCACUGUAUCCUGGAUUUUUGCUCAAUACCAACUGCAAAAUUAGAUUGUGUCAGUGACAAUAUACCAGCAGAAUCUAAACAUUCCUGUCUAAUUUUAAUGGAUAAUAGGAAAAUUAGUGCCGUUAUCUACGCAGAAAGUUUAUUACCACUGAAACUUACUUCAUAUGGUAGCAUAAUGUGGUAGAUGCACAUGUAGAAGAUAGAUAAAGCACAAGCUUACUUUUCAUCUGCAUGACUAGUACUAAAACAUUAAUUUGACCUCAUAAGUGUUUGUAGGAGGGUUGUCACUUCUAUUAGGCCAAAUUACCGUAAUAUUCCAGUUAUGAAUAAAUACAUUUUGAUAGCCCAAAUAUAUUUUUAAUAACUACAUAAAUGAAUGAAUUAAUUAAUUAAUGAACUGUCAUACAAUCUAUUGUCAUCAUACACCAUAUUAUCACCUUUUUUCUCCCACAGACACUUUCUCUGUCUCCCUUCAACACUAUUGACAUAUUUUGAACACAGAUAAUGUACUGUAUGUAUCCCUGGAUAUUAUAUUUCUAUUUACUUUUA